UGAACAAUGUAUCUAAGUUACAGCUUGUCCCGCUCGUUGCGUUAUACAUCAGUUUGAAAUUUCCAAGCAUCUAUCCAGUCACACAAUGGUGUUCAUUACCGAAGAUCUCAUUCGAAAACGUGCAGAACACAAUGAUGGGGAGAUAUACUCCCUUGAAGAAGUGGCUCUACAUCAACAAAAUCUUGAGAGGAUUGAACUUAUUGAAAACUGGUGUAAAAGCCUUAGAAUAUUAUAUCUACAAAAUAAUCUCAUUCCAAAAAUCGGUAUUGCUAAUUACUUAAUGAUUUUUGUUUCAGAAAAUCUAUCAAAGCUGAAAAAACUAGAAUAUUUGAAUUUAGCUCUAAAUAAUAUUGAAAAAGUGGAGAACUUAGAAGGUUGCGAAUCCUUGAAAAAGCUAGAUUUGACAAUAAAUUUUAUUGGGGACUUGUUUAGUAUUGAAUCUUUAGGUAAUGUGCAUUUUCUUGAAGAACUUUAUUUAACUGGAAAUCCGUGCACAGAAUAUCCAGGGUAUAGAGAAUUUGUGAUUGCUACGUUACCGCAAUUAAAAUUACUAGAUGGAGUGGAAAUAACUAAAUCAGAACGCAUUAUCGCAUUGCAAAACUUGGAACGUAUUCGUCCAAUCAUAGAAGAAAAACAAAGAGAGCACGGAUUGAAAAGAAAUUCUGAAAAGUUCGAAGCAGUUCGAAGAAAAGAAAGAUUCGCCAAGAUAAAUACAGAUUCCAGUUGCACAACUGUGAGUUUAGAAGAAUUUUGGUCUGAAAAAGUUCCUUACACACCCGAAUCACGAAUUGAAACACAUGAAUAUAUGCAACAAAAAGAAAAAUCAAGACAACACACAAAAACCUCACGGAUAGAAUCGCGAGUAAUCACAAAAUAUUUUGCCGAAGACGGUAGACCAUACAAUAUUAACACAGCUAAGAUAGAUUUCAACCUCAAGGAAGAUAUAUUAGACAAUCAAGAUGUUUACUUACUCGAUAUUGCUGUAUAUAAGCAUAUGGAUACAGCUUUGAUAAAAUGCGACAUACAAAUCAAUUACGUUCGAAUAACACUUAAAGGAAAGGUCUUCCAACUAGCUUUACCAGAUGAAGUUCAAGUCGAUGCUUCGCAUGUCAAGCGUUCUUUAACGACAGGACAUUUGCUGAUUACUAUGCCAAAGGCAUCCCAGGAAAUCAGAAUAUCGCCAAAUAGUGAACAUAAAAGUUCUCACGAAAAAAACAAUAAAACAGAUCAUAUUUUUGUUCAGGAUUUUAAUAAACCAAACGGAACUUUAAGUGAACCCUCUGGAAACACUUCAUCGAAAUGUAAGGAAUCGUUUCUUCACAUCAAAAAACAAUCGACGACCCCAACAAUGUACAACGAGUAUACUGAAGACUUUUCAGACGUUCCACCGCUUAUUUAAUUCGUGGGAUUUACAAAUAAACUGUUUAUAUUUGGAAUUGCUAAUUUUGAUUUAUGAAUGUGAACAAACUUGAGUUGGAAUAUUUAUUUAGAAAGACACUGAUUUAUAUCGUUUUCCUCACGCUUUGUAAUUACAAAAUACAACAUGGUACUUUGCCUCACUUUCAAGAAAUGAGCUUCUGUUUGAACUAAAGAAAAAAUGCAUUGGGUUUCCAGAGAGAAAAGAAUCUGAAAUAUCUAUUUUCUACUGCUUUGAAUAAACCUUGAGAUGUCAUUUAAAUGUUUCCUACUCGCAUAAGUUAUUGUCAUAGUUAUUGUUUUACUAGAAACAGUUGUAAAUCUAAUCAAGCCUUGGAGAAUUUCGGUUUUUGCAUUUUUUUGAUAUACCGAGUACCUACGAAAUUUUAUAAGAAUGCAGUAACGAUUGUGUGACAAAGAUAUAUGUAAUUGCUAAUCAUAAUAAAUUAUGCAAACGAUAAAUAUUUUAAGAAAUCAAAAUUAACCUAUUUGUGCAUGCAUUAUGUGGCAAAUCAAUAGUUUCAAAAAUUUAGUUUGAUGUAAAAUGGAGAUUACGCAGAUCGCAGAUUAGCUCAGUACAUUGAGAAAUAAUGUAUACAAACAAUACAACAGUAAGUAGAAAAAAUUUUAAAACCAGUUUUUAGUGUUUUAUAAAUUGAAAUUCAUCCUGUGCGCAUAAACACGGAA